AUGGUUUUAUUAUUUCCUUUUAUUGACUCAGAAAAAAUUUAUCAAUUACCUUAUGUAAUUAUAGUAUUCCUUCAAUUUACCCAUACAAUAUAUUGUACCAUUAUUAAUACAAUUUUUUAUAUUUAUCUAUUUUUAAGUAAAAAAAAAUCUUUACCAAAAAUAGAAAAUGAACUUCUUUUAAUUCCUGGUAGUGAAUGUGCUAGAAUGAUAAGAAAUAAAGAGAUAUCUUCUUAUGAUUUAGUUAAAGCAUAUAUUGAUAGGCAAAAACAAGUUAAUCCUUAUAUUAAUGCUGUUGUUAUGGAAAGAUAUGAAGAUGCCUUGAAUGAAGCUAAAAAAAUAGAUAAAUUUUUAAUUAAUAUUCAACCUGAUACAAAAGAAUAUUAUAGAAUUGUUGAGGAGAAACCAUUACUUGGUGUACCAUUUACAUUAAAAAAUUCAAUUAAAUGUAAAGAAUUUUCUCCUAUUUCUGGAGUUGUUUGUAGAAAUAAUUGUAAUACAAAAGCUGACAUCUUUUGUAAAGGUAUUGAGAGAUGGAAAGAAGCUGGUGGUAUACUUAUAGCAUCAACUAAUGUACCAGAAUUAUGUAUGUGGAUAGAAACUAAUAAUAAAGUUUGGGGUAGAACAAAUAAUCCAUAUGAUAUAAGAAGAACAGCUGGUGGUUCAUCAGGUGGUGAAGGUGCCAUUAUUGCUUCUGGUGGUAGUUUAUUUGGUGUUGGUAGUGAUAUAGCUGGAUCUAUUAGAAUACCAGCAUCUCAUUGUGGUAUUUUUGGAUAUAAAAAUACUCCUAAAAGUAUUGAUGUUACUGGACAUGUUCCAGAACCUGAUGAUAAAAUUAUGAAUAUGAUUGCUCAAGCUCCAAUGGCAAGAUAUGCAUGUGAUUUAAAAUUAAUUUGUAAAAUUUAUAUGUCAUAUGAAGAAAAAAUUUUAUUAAAAAUGAAUGAUGAAGUUGAUAUAAAUAAUUUAAAGUUUUAUUAUAUUGAAGAUUUUAGUUAUAUGGAAGCUCAACCAGUAACAAAAGAUUGUCUUCAAGGAGUUCGUAGUGUUAUAAAAAUGCUUGAAGAUUAUAAUAAAUUUGCCAUUAAUAUUUGUAUUGAUGAAUUUAAAUAUACAAAUGUUCUUUGGCAGGCAACAUUACAAGAACAUACAAAUGAUGAUGUAACUGGAAUAUCAUGUUAUAUGAAUAAUUUUUCUCCUGUCAAAAUUCCAUUUUUAAAAGAAUCAUUAAAAAAUAUUUUUAAUCUUAAAAGUGAUCAUGAUUUAGGAGUUAUGUUAUGGCUUUUUGAAUUUGGAAAUAUAAGAUUUUUACAACCAAAAUUAAAAAGAAAAUACAUUGAAAUGAGAGAAAAAUUGAUAAAAAGAAUAAAUGAUAUAUUAGGUGAUAAUGGAAUAUUAAUUGUACCUGGAUAUCCAACUGUAGCACCACCACAUAAUCAUCAAUUAUUCCUUAGAAUGGAUAAAUCAUAUACAGAAAUAUUUAAUGUUCUGGGUCUUCCAGUUAUAACAUGUCCAAUAUUUUUAGAUUCAUCUGGUAUUCCUGUUUGUGUACAAAUAGUUGCUGGUAAAAAUCAAGAUAGACUCUUAUUUACAUUUGCUGAAGUAAUUGAAAAAAAAUUUGGUGGUUGGAAAGAACCAAAAUAA